AUCGUUUUGAACGAGACAACAUGUAAAGCCUCUCUUGUGAAAAUCUCUUUGAACGAUAUGGGAAUGGCACUCUCGUGAUUUCCAACAGUAAUCGCUGACAUUAAUGAUAUUUCUUCGCCUCAAACGGAUCAACGCGUGCCUGUCCGCCAUUAAUAAACCUUUUCCUUCUUCAUCCUCCUUCCUCCGGCUAUUCAAUUGAGAUUGAAAUUAUCCUCUACUCUCUCAGCACACUGAUCCGGUAACUAAACCCUAGUUUAUCUGUACUCGGCCUUACAUUUCAAGAUUCCAAAAAAAAUGGGGGAUGUAGCGGAUAAGUUGGCCUACUUUCAAGCCAUCACGGGUAUCGACGACGCAGAUUUGUGCACAGAAAUCCUCUCCGCCCACAAUUGGGACCUCGAACUGGCUAUCUCAUCGAUCACGUCCACCGGCGCCAACGGACCCUCCUCUUCCUCACCCUCGUCCGCCGCCACCGGCACCGGCACCGCUGCCCCUUCUCGGACGAAUCAGGAGCCGGGAGACGUUGGCCUUGUCUUGGCCCCUAACGGCAUCAACAAUCAGCCCCCGGGUCUCGCUUGGAAAAUAAUCACCCUCCCUUUCUCCAUCAUCUCCGCUAGCCUAGGGUUGAUUUCCGGCGCAAUUGGGUUAGGCGUGUGGGCCGCGAGCGGCGUCCUGUCAUAUUCUCUGGGCAUGGUUGGACUGAAUGGCUCUUCACGGGUCGGGACGAGCCCUCUGGUGCAGGUGUCCCAGUCGGCCUCCGAGGCAAUGGAUUUUGUGUCGGGUUUCGAGAGGGAUUAUGAAAGGGUGAGGCCUAAUUUCGUGGCCGAGGGUUUCAUGGACGCAUUGCAGAGGUCCCGGCACGAGUACAAGCUGCUUUUUGUGUACUUGCACUCACCCGAGCAUCCGGAUACCCCCCUUUUUUGCCAGGGGACUCUUUGCAAUGAGAUGCUGACAGCGUUCUUGAAUGAGAAUUUCGUAGCGUGGGGAGGGAGUGUGAAGGGUAGUGAAGGGUUCAAGAUGAGUAAUAGUCUGAAAGCUUCCAGGUUCCCAUUCUGCGCUGUUGUUAUGGCAGCAACCAACCAGAGGAUCGCAUUGCUGCAGCAGGUCGAGGGACCAAAAUCUCCUGAAGAGUUGUUAACAGUAUUGCAGAGAGUGCUCGAGGAAAGUGCUCCUGUUCUUGUUUCAGCAAGGGUUGAAGCUGAAGAGAGAAGGAACAAUAUGCGCCUGAGGGAGGAACAGGAUGCUGCCUAUCGAGCAGCACUCGAGGCUGAUCAAGCUAGGGAGCGGCAAAGGAAGGAAGAGAUGGAAAGAUUGGAGCGUGAAGCUGCUGAAGCUGAGAGGAAAAGGAAAGAAGAGGAAGAGGCUCGUGAACGUGCUGCUAGAGAGGCUGCUGAGAGAGAAGCUGCUUUGGCUAAGAUGCGUGAGGAGAAAGCGCAAUCACUUGGUACCGAGCCUGAGAAAGGGCCUGAUGUUACUCAAGUAUUGGUUCGCUUCCCGUCUGGACUGCGCAAAGAGAGAAGGUUUCAUUGCACUGCAAAAAUUCAAUCUUUGUAUGACUAUGUGGACUCAUUAGGUUGCUUGGAUGUGAAUAACUACAGCCUCGUUUCCAAUUUUCCCCGCACUCUGUAUGGUCAAGACAAGCUUUCUUUGUCCCUCAAGGAAGCUGGAUUACAUCCUCAGGCCAGCCUUUUUGUGGAGUCGAACUAGCUGCUGAAACUUUGUUGUAGGGAAAAUUUCUUAUAUUUACUUUUACCGCAUUGAGAGUGUUGGCAUCUUUUGCAAGUCUUAACUAGAAAAUGACAAUGGAAGGGAUGGGAGUGAAUUGAAUAAGUCUUGGGUUUUGCAAGGCUGAUGCUAAUCUGCAGGUCAGCGUAGGUUAGGAAGGGUUGUGUUGAGUUUUUACUGUUUCAAUAUAAAGGUCUGCAUCUAAGAUGGUUGAUGCUUGGAUUUAGGUACUAAUGCUUGAUGUUUGCAUAAUUAUAUUGUUACUAGUACAACGCCCAUGUAUUAUACGGGUGCUUGUUAAUUUUUUUUUAAAAUUUAAAAUUAUGAAAAACAGUAGUUG